UAUUAUUCCCGAACUAGGCGAAGUAAGCACAAUAAAAGUAGAUUUUGUGUAUGAAUGAAAGGCUCUUUAUGCUCUUUCAUCUCUUCUUUUUUCAUCUCUUCCAUUGCUCCCUUCUCUCUUCAAUCCUCCAUUUCAUAUUAUUUUCAUAAUUUUUACCCAUCGGUACAUUUUUCAGUGUUUGAUAUUGACUCUUCAGUCAAAGUGAAUUUCCUCCCCUUCUCUAUUUUUCUCUCUUUAUUUUUUCUUGUGUAAGACAUGUCUUUCCGUAUUGUCCGGCGUUCCAAGUUCCGACAUGUCUAUGGACAAGCUUUGAAACGAGAACAGUGCUAUGAUAAUAUAAGGAUUACCAAAAAUUCAUGGGAUUCACUUUUCUGUGCGGUUAAUCCAAAGUUUAUAGCAAUUGUCAUCGAAGCUGCUGGUGGAGGAGCUUUCCUGGUUUUGCCAUUGAGUAAAACUGGGCGUGUUGAUGUGAAUUCGCCUCUCGUUUCAGGCCACAAAGGCACAGUUUUGGACAUUGCUUGGUGUCCUUUUAAUGACAAUGUAAUUGCUAGUGGAUCAGAAGAUUGCAUUGUCAGAGUUUGGCAUAUUCCUGAUGGAGGUCUCACAAAAUCUCUAACAGAACCUAUUGUUGAAUUGGUUGGACACCAAAGGAGAGUAGGUCUUGUUUCAUGGCACCCGACAGCCAACAAUGUUCUUCUCUCAGCUGGUGCUGAUUGUCGUAUAAUCAUAUGGAAUGUUGGAACCGGAGAAAUUUUAUCAUCAAUUGAUCAUCCUGAUCUUAUUUUCCAUUGUUCAUGGAGUUGGGAUGGAAGUCGAUUAUGUACAACUUGUAAAGAUAAAAAAAUACGAAUCUAUGAUCCUAGAACAGGAGAAAUGGAGCAAGAAGCUGAUGGUCACGAAGGUGCUAAACCUCAAAGAGCAAUGUACUUAAAAAACAAUCUUAUUUUCACCACCGGAUUUUCAAGAAUGAGUGAACGACAAUAUUCUUUGAGAAGUGAAUCCGCCCUCGGUGAACCAAUUGUACUCGAAGUUCUGGACACAAGUAACGGAGUUCUUUUCCCAAUCUACGAUCCGGAUAUCAAUAUGGUUUAUUUAUGCGCCAAAGGUGAUAGCAAUAUAAGAUAUUUUGAGAUAACCGAAGAACCACCAUUUGUCCAUUACAUAAGCACCUAUCAGUCCACGGAACCUCAACGAGGUGUCGGCUCAAUGCCUAAACGAGGUUGUGAUAUUUUAAAUUGUGAAAUUGCCAGAUUUUAUAAACUACACUCAAAAGGAUUUGUAGAAGUCAUUAGCUUCACAGUGCCUCGGAAAUCGGAUCUUUUCCAAGGAGACAUUUUCCCUGAUACUCAAGCUGCAGAGCCAGCCAUGACGGCAGAAGAAUGGAUUAGCGGGGUUGACAGAGAACCUAUUCUGAUGUCCCUAAAAGACGGAAUAACUCAACCUAAAAAAGCAGAAUUUAAAGCUCCUCCAAAGAAGCCCAAUAUUCUGGAUAAAAAUCCGGCAAAGAAAAUUACACCAUCAGGUUCCAAAGAGGCAACACCUUCACCGCCUGGAUCUCCGUUACCUGCUAAUGCUAAUCGAUUAGAAGAGUUAAUGAGCGAAUUAAAAAAGAUGAAAACUGUUAUUCUCAAACAUGAAGUCAGAAUCCGUGAUCUUGAGGAAAAAUUUUCAGUUGACGCAAAUGCCAAUAAUAUUGCCAACAAUGGCGAAACUUUGCUCCCUGAUGAAGUCUAGAAGGAAGAUUUAUCGAAGAAAGCUCAACCUCCACCAAGAUCUUCACAUCUGAGUACCUAAAAAUAGACUCUAUUGCUCUCGCUCUCUAUCCUCCUCCCUCUCCAUCUUUCUCUGUCAUAUCUAUUCUCAUCAUAUCUGCUCUGAAAAAAACAAGAAAGCUAAGGAAAAAAGCCAAGGAAAUGACACAAAAUGUCACAAUUUGACCGGUUUACUCAUCGUUUUUAAUUAUUAAUUAUUAGUCUGACUCUUGAUUGAUUUUACCACUAUUGUAACCUGUGAUCGUUUAUUUUAUUUCUGAUGAUAAUGAUAGUAAAACAACAAAAAUAACACAAAUCGUAAUAUUAAAUAUAAUAAUGAUAUUCAUUAUAAAUGAAACUGAACUAUGCUAUAAUAGACUCAAGGCAAAACAAAAGCACAAAUCCAAAGCCAGUGUAAACCUUCCAAGUCAAUUUUCAAUGGUCAUUCACAAAUAAAUAUGAAUAAACACUCAAUUUUUUCAAUAA